CUUAUUCCACCAGAUUAAAGUUGUAUAUUAUAAUCAUACUAUAUUACCUCUACAAAUGUUAUUCAUCAGAAUAGCCAUUUUCUUGUCAUUACCUUCGUUUAUUCUUCCAGUUAGGGAAUUAAAGCAACCAUGGCGUCUAUACAAUAUUACAGAUGAUAAAAGACAUGUUGAUAAUACCAGUACUGUUAAUGACACUAAAACUGAAGAUGAUAAUGAUAAUAAUACUGGUACUGAUAACGAUACUAGUGCAGGCGACAAUAUUAGUACUAGUGAUGAGACUAGCACCAGUAAUGAUACUGUUCCUACUGAUAAUGCCGCCAUUAGUGUCGAUACUACUACUGUUACCGCUGAGGAUACCACCCCUGAUAUCGGAACCAGUAAUACUACUGAUACUGCUGAUGAUGCCAUCACUAAUAUCGGUGCUAGUAAUACUACUCUUACUAUUGAUGAUACUAUUACCACAACUAGUAGUAUUGAAACAGAUGAAAUUUACGCCAAUGAUACUGUUCCUGAUAUCAAUAAAGAAAUAAUAAAGAAUUUCAGCAUGAAAUUGUAUCCACUGGAGAAUUUCACCACGCCAAGAAACAUUCGCGUACGCAUUGAAAAUACAGACUGCAGUGGUGAUGAAAGCGCUAUAUGCGGUAAAGAGGUUACCUGUAAAGUGAAUCGAAUGGAUGGGAAAAAUUUUAAACUGCCUGUAACUGCAUAUUCAUCCAACUCUCUAAUUUUACCUCAUACAACUUGUAGUUGUGAAGAAGGAAAUGCAUAUGGUGUAGAAGUAUAUCAUGAGGAAAAACGUGAUGUAUACAUGAAAUGCUAUGAAAAUAAUCCAUGUGAACAAUGUGAUAGUCAGCAUACUCUGCAAUGUAUUAUAAAUGAUGACAAUAGUGCAACAUGUGUAUGCGAAACAGGAUAUUCAGAAUUUGAGAACUGUAAGGAAGUCAAGAACGGUUGUGAUAAACCACAUCCAGCAGCUACAUUGUCUGGUAAUGAAGCGUGCUUAGUUAACAAUUCUAAUGUAUGUCAACCGAAAUUUGAUUCUUAUGAAUAUACAUGCAUGUGUAAAGAGCCAUAUCGUGAAGAUAGACGAUUGUCUUUCCCUAAUUGUAUGAUAAAUACUACAUAUUGUAAAUCGAUGAUAUGUGUCGGUUUUCAACCACCAGUAUCUGCCCUUAUCCCAGGCCCGGUAGUUUACGUGAAUAUUGACGAUUAUGAUGUAAUAGAAGCGGAUGAUUGCCGUAAUACUACAUGCUAUUGUCCUGAUGGUUGGGUUGGUCAACACUGUACAGAACCCGAGGUGAUAUCGUACAACUGUCAUGGUCUCCAUGGUCUGCAUGUAAUCCAGACUGUAUUAUGCCUAAUAGAAGAUGGAACUAUAAAUAUGGUGAAGAAAUACAUGCAGGUGAAAGUCGCACAACGGGAUUAG